UUCAGGUUGGCACGGACCGGAGUCUGAGUCCUCAACUUGGACGUCAGCUCGCAUCAUAUCUCCAGUUCACCAUCAAUUAUAAGAAAUACCUGGUACUUUACCGACUGUACAGUGGCAUCACACCACCUGAACAGAGGUAUUACUGACAACGCUGGCCCGUUUCGACACAUUGCAUAAGGUAACAGGGAGCUGACCCUAAUUGUCCAUCGCGACCAACACCACCUACAACAUUGUAUUCGAAGUCCUCACCAGAGCCGGCCCCCUGCUACCAGUACAGUCCAAUCCGACAAUGGCACCAAAUUCUUUCUCCGUAUCAACUCGCCUCCCCCUCCCCAACGGGCUAUCAAUCCCCCAGAUCCAACUCGGCGUCUACCUAAUGAGCGGACGCGAAGCCAAAUCCGCCGUCCAAUAUGCCCUCGAAGCCGGCUACAGAGGCAUCGACAGCGCCCAAAUGUACCGCAACGAGCGCGAAUGCGGACAAGCAAUCCAAUCCUUUUUGUCCAACAACCCUUCCAUCAAACGCGAAGACAUCUUCUUCACUUCCAAGCUCGCAUCCAACUCCACCAGCUACGAAGUAGCCCGUCGAUCAAUCAAGCAAUCCGUCCAGACCUGUGGACUCGGAUACAUAGAUUUGUUCCUCCUGCACAGCCCCUAUGGGGGAAAAAAGGCCCGCCUUGCUUCCUGGAAAGCCGUUGAAGACGCCAUCCAGGACGGCGAGGUGAAAAUCGGCGGCGUGAGCAAUUUCGGCGUCAAGCAUUUGGACGAGCUGAUGGCGUCGCAACCGCGUGUUAAGCCCGCUAUCAAUCAGAUCGAAGUGCACCCGUUCAACACGCGCACGAAUAUCGUCGAAGCGUGUCGCAAAUAUGGUAUCCUGGUUGAAGCCUUUGCGCCGCUCGCAAGGGCCUUGCGCAAGAAUCAUCCUACUAUCGUCGCGCUGGCCAAAAAGUAUAAUUGUACAUGGGCCCAGCUGAUGGUCAGAUGGAGUCUUCAGCAUGGGUAUAUUGCUUUGCCUAAGAGUGUUAACAGAGACAGAAUCAAGUCCAAUUCCGACAUUGGCCAUUUUGAAAUCAGCCACGAGGAUAUGGAUGUCUUGGAUGGUCUGGAUGAGUAUCUGGUGACUGAUUGGGAUCCGGUUGACACGGACUAGAUCUAUCUACCCUCUACGAUUACUACUAAAAACAGCGACACCAAAUGGCAUUGCAUUGAUAUCAUUGCUCUCAAAGAAAAGAAAUUCUAUGAUUGACGAGUGAAAGACCGGGAAUAAUCUGUUUGUCAUCAUUCAAUGGUUUCGUUAAUUCGUCAAAUGUGCACCCAUCUGGCCAUGGCACUAUGCCAAUUGUUCGUUCCCGUCUUGAUCAUGAUCAUGAGCACGUUCCUUAGGUUUUCAACCUGACCCGAGAGAAAAUCAUCAUCAACAUCCAGAGUUGAAGCUGAUACUGAAAGCCCAAUCGAUAUUCCACCA